AUGUUUUAUAAAUAUCGGCAUAGGGACAGUCAUAUAAGCCUUCGCUUGCCUAUUCAGUGCACUUGGCUAAAGCUAAAUGGAUCUUGGCCGUUACCGUUAAACAGCCCAAUUUUUGGUAUAGCUUAUACGACUUGGGCUUGGUACGUUAUAGCCUCUGUGGGCGUUACAAUAUGUUACCAAUCGGCUUUUCUGUUUAAAAACUUAUCCGAUAUCAUAAUUACUACGGAGAACUGUUGCACCACAUUUAUGGGAGUUCUUAACUUUGUCCGACUUUUACAUUUACGUCUUAACCAACGAAAAUUUCGCAAGCUCAUUGAGCAAUUUGCAUUGGAAAUAUGGAUGCCAGAUAGUUUAAACAAUUCGAUAGUGGCUGAAUGCCGCAAGCGAAUGAACACGUUUUACAUCAUGACAGGCCUGCUUUCUUGCCUCAUAAUUAUGUACUGCGUUUUGCCCUUGAUUGAGUUAUUUUUUACCUUUGGGCUUGAUUCGCACGAGAAACCCUUUCCCUACAAAAUGGUCUUUCCCUACGAUCCCUACAGUAGUUGGACCCGUUACGUACUCACAUACGUGUUUACGUCGUACGCAGGAAUAUGUGUAGUGACCACUCUGUUUGCAGAAGAUUCAAUUUUCGGUUUUUUUAUAACAUACACUUGUGGUCAAUUCCGUUUGCUACACGAUAAUAUUAACAAAUUAUUUACUGAUGUCAAAGUCCUCGCAGGAGGCGAUGAAAUUUGGGACUACGCGCAACGUGCCCAGCUGGAGCGCUUAAAACAAAUCAUAGACAAGCAUAAUAAAAUCAUAAGGUUCGCUCAGCGAUUGGAGGACUUUUUUAAUCCAAUUUUGUUAGUCAACCUUAUGAUUUCAUCAAUUCUAAUUUGCAUGGUUGGCUUUCAAAUAAUAACUGGAAGAAAUAUGUUCAUCGGAGACUAUGUCAAAUUCAUAGUGUACAUAUCCUCGGCGAUCUCUCAAUUGUAUGUCCUUUGCGAGAACGGAGAUGCCUUGUUGAAACAUUCGACUUUAACAGCAAAUGUUCUGUAUGGAUGCCAAUGGGAAGUGACGAGCAAGCAGAUCCAAAAUCAUUUAAGGUUUAUGAUACUCUGUAGUCAGCAACCCGUGAAGAUAACAGCUUAUAAAUUUUCCACUUUAUCCCUACAAAGCUUUACAGCGAUUUUAAGUACGUCAAUGAGCUAUUUCACAUUAUUGCGGUCGCUGUACUAUGAUAACAAAAAGUAA